GGAUUAAGCGUAGAACAAGAAUAUUUGAUUAUUUUAAUGGUAAAUGGAUACUAUAAUUGCAUGUUUUUAGCAUUUUAAAGUGCUCAAGACUAUUUUCUUCAAAUAUUGUUUUUACAACAGUUAUUAUCCCUUACUAUUUCAAGGCUUUUUGCUUCGUUAUAAAAGGCAGACAGGUUUCUUUUGCUCCAUCAAAUAUAACUUUCUCAACAUAGAGAGAUGACACAAGUUGUGUACAAUUUCCUUCCGUCAACACGCAAUAGAGAGCAACUUGAUUCUCAAUAUCCGUUGAUAAUAUCGAAUAAAAAGAUCAGAUUAUUCGGGUUUGAGCUUGAUCCCGCCAAAAAUGGCGCAGCACUCAACGAACAAGAAUUAGGCGAACACGAAGAAAGCCUACAUUCAUCACCUACCACAACCUCGUCCGAGAAAGAUAAGUAUUCGAUGGAGGAUUCCCAAGAGGCGAAGAAGUUCAAGUGCCAAUAUUGUUUCAAAAUGUUUGCUAACUCGCAAGCAUUAGGUGGUCACCAAAACGCGCAUAAAACCGAACGGAUGAAGAAGAAAAGGUUGUUAUUACAAACUAGAAGAGCCACCAUCGAGGAUUACCUCAAACCCUAUGACCAGAUUAUUAAUAAUCAUGGUGUUAACAUAAGUUUUCAUGGUCACUGUGCUAGUGAUCAUGAAUUUAGUGAACCAGAUUUUACCUUUGCUUUGUACAAUGAAGAUUUGGUAACCUUUAAGGAUAGAUGCUUUUCUGGUUACAAGCAUGCAGGCAGGUCAAGAAGGAUGCUUUGUUCAUCAUCAGACGAUUCAAAGCCAUCUUGUAAAGAUCUGGAUCUUCAAUUGGCACUAAGUUCAUACACCACCAAGUAACCAUCCAUUUUUUUUUUGUUUCUUGGA